AUGCUUCCAAAGUCCAGAGAAGAAUUUGACGAUAUAUACAUUGUCUAAGAAUUAAUGGAAACAGAUUUAUCUACAAUCAUCCGAUAAUAAACCCAAUUGGAUUAGGAAUAAAUCUGCUUCCUCGUAUAUCAAUUAUUGAGAGGGUUGAAAUAUAUUCAUUCAGCCAAUGUAGUUCAUCGAGAUUUGAAGCCCAAAAAUUUAUUGAUAAACGGAAACUGCGAUUUGAAAAUAUGCGAUUUUGGCCUUGCCAGAGCCCUCGAUCCACAAAUCAAACUCAAACCAAAAGUGUAUAGUCCCUACGUUUAAACCAGAUGGUACAGAGCUCCUGAAUUGCUUCUGCAAUGGAGAGAUUAUAAUUAAAGCAUAGAUAUGUGGUCUGUAGGUUGUAUAUUUGCUGAGAUGCUUAGGAAGAAAAUCUUCCUCCCAGGAGCUUCAGCAAAAAAUUAAAUUGAAUUAAUUUUUGAUGUGCUGGGAUCUCCCAAUGAAUAAGUCUUAUAAAUGGCUCCCAAAUCCCCUCUCUCCAUCAGUGUCAAUCAAAUGCAGAAGAAGAGAGGCAGAGAUUUUGAGAAACUGUUCCCAAAUGGAUCCAAAGAAGCCAUUGAUCUAUUGCGACAACUCUUUGAAUAUGACCCAACGAAAAGAAUAACUGCAGAACAGGCUCUAAAACACCCGUAUCUCUCCAAAUACCAUAUUCCAGAAGAUGAACCCAUAGCUGUUCCUGUUAGAUACUUGGACUUCGAAUUCGAAGAGUAUAAUCUGACUAUUGAACAGUGGAAAGAUUGCAUUUACGAGGAAAUUCUACUCUACCACUAUCCUGAGUUCUCAAAGGAUUAUGAAUCAAACAUUAAAAAAGGCUAUUCAAUAAUGAAGCACAUUGUUAACAAUGACAAUGCUAAAUAGCUGGAUUAAAUACAAGAUGAAGAUGAGGAGGAUGAAGAGGACGAUGUGCCAUAAAAUUAAUAAAAUUAAUAAAUAUAAUGA